AGAAACCAAAACCACGUCAACAAAUUCUGAACGCAUUGUUUGUUGACUUGAUUACCAGCAGUUAAAAAGAUAUGUGUGUCACCUAAGAUAUCAUUUUAAUCGUGGGAAUGAAAGUACUUGGGGUACAUUUGAGCUGUUUUCUAACCACGUGUGAAAGCUGAUAGCUAACUGUGAAAAAGCCUGAGCUGCAGCUGGACAGAAGAAUGCGAGAAUAAAAGAGGAAGCCAGAGGAGGAGCCAGCAUAUGGCCGAGAACAGGAUUUAGAGGGAAAGGCUCUUCCUGAGUUGAGCUGUUGACUAUAUGGACGUUUUCUCUGCUCUCACCGCUGUGCUGAGCUAUGGAUUAGUCUUGCACUAAAAUUCUUUUUUUUUUUUAGAUGCUUUAGACACGUAUAAAGAUGAGUGACCGAGACAGCAGCAUCUCUGCCUCUCAAACAGAGGGAGAAUUCGAGGGAGAGAUGGAUGAAGAGCUUGAGGGAGACACGGAGAUGGAAGAAGAGAAAAGUGAGAAUGGGAGAGGCAGUCCGGCCCCCAGUCUCUCCAACAUCUCCUCCACUCUGCGCGCCGUUAUACGCAUCAAACAGAAGUACCACGCGAUGAAGAAACGGCGUCAAGAGAUGGCCCUGGGGGGCCAGUGUCCCCUCACAGGCGCCCCAGGACGAACCAGCCCCAAAAUCUUCACCUUUGAUGGAAUCACCCCCACUGCCUUCUCCUCUCCAUCAUCCAGCAUCCCACAGAGGAAGAAGAGGAGGAAGAAGAAACGGGUGUUGUUUCCCGAAGGAGGGAGACGAAGGGCUGCACCAAAGCAGGACCGCAGCCGAGCCAAAUAUUGCCUGUAUCUGCUCUUUGCCAUCGUCUUUCUCCAGGUCUACAACGCCAUAGAGAACCUGGAUGACCACGUUCUUAGAUAUGACCUGGAGGGAUUAGAGAAGACACUGAGGAGGGAAGUGUUUGGGCAGCAGGGAGCUGUGGAGAGCCUGCUGUCCCACCUGAAGGACUACCUGUCUACCUACGUCCACAACAAGCCUCUGGUGGUAUCCCUGCACGGCCCGACCGGGGUAGGUAAGAGCCACCUGGGACGCCUACUGGCCGGACAUUUCCGCUCCGUGGUGGGUGACACGCUUGUGCUGCAGUACUAUGUGCUCCACCACUGCCCCCAGGAGGCGAACGCCCUGCAGUGUGCCAGUGACCUCUCAGCUCAAAUCUCGGAGAUGGUGGAACGAGCCGAGGAGGAGGAGAAAAUUCCGCUCUUCAUCUUCGACGAGGCAGAGCACAUGCACCACGAGAUCCUAGACACGCUGUUGCAGCUCGUGUCCUCCAACCAGUCCAAUGAAUACCUGAAUGCUAUUUACCUGUUUCUAAGCAACCUGGGUCAUGCACACAUCACCAAACAUAUGCUGCACAACUCUUCGAGUAUUUCCAUGGCGAUGACAGCAUCAGGUCGUCAUAGCAAUCUGGUAAAAGAGCUGACUCCUAUUUUACGUAGCAUGCUGGAAGAGCUUCACCCGCUUUGGACAGAGGCUGAUAUCUUACCUCUCAGUCUUUUGGAGAAAGGUCACGUAAUGGAGUGCUUCCUGGACGAAAUUACUCGAGAGGGAUUCUACCCGGAUCAUGCUAACAUAGAGCGGCUUGCGGGGGAGAUUGACUACUACCCUGCAGUAGGGGGGCACGAAUAUUCCCAGACAGGCUGCAAGCAAGUGGUGGCUAAAGUCAACCUGCUGUGACAUGCUCUUGUUUGCAUUCUUUUAAACAUGAAGAAAAGGGAUUGAAUUUACAAUUAUGAAACUUGAAUGACACGAUUCAAAGCCAACGCUUUUAAGAGUGGUUUUGUAAGAAUGUAAUAAAAAAAAUUCACACACAAAAAGGUGGGGAUUUUAAACUUUGUUGGGGGAAACAAGGAAUAAAUUUGGUGAACACUAAAACUGCGGCAGGCAGUCCCUGAAGGGUGGGUUCACCCAGUCUACAUAAAUAAAAGAUGAUUUAAGUUCCCUGUUGUUGUAUCUCCCAAAUACCUCUGAAUAGCUGCAUAGAAACAGGAGAACACCUAGACAUCAGUACAGUGCUGGUUCACAGAGGAUAUUUCAGUAACUCCAGGGACAGUUCACUUAGCACUACCAGUAAGUAAAAUGUAACUGUCUAAUUAAACCAAUCCAAACACUUAAUGAACUGGCACAAAGGUAUGUUCAGACAUUCAGACACUGCUAUGAGUUUCUGGUUUGACCACCUUGACAUUUGGAGCAGACACAAAAGAAUCUGGGAGGAUAAAUCCCACUGACUGUUCUUCUGUAUACAUAAAUCAGGCCUGGGCUGUGGUCGAAACCCUCAGUUAUUGGACUGUGCUUUAAAUCAGGCUCUAGGUGCUGUCCCUUGCCUACAGAUUGAGUAUCAGUCAGUGUCUGUUACACUCAUGGUGAAUUUUUUUAAAUUGAUUUUUAAAUGUGGGGCAUUAUAAAAGCAGCUCUAUCUAGUCAUGAAUGCUAAUAAAGAAAAACAAGUGAAGGAUAUACACCUUACUAAUGGUCUUUUGUGGUAUUGAGAAAUCUCCUGGAUAAGGAUAAUAACAUGCACUGGAGCUGUGUAA